AUGGAGGAGUGCAAGGGGCUGGGAGAGGAGAGGGGGGCAAGGAAGGAGGAGGAGGAGGAGGAGGAGGAGGGGAGGGAGGAGGUCUGUGUGACGCCUUUAUCUAUCACCGGCAAUUACUGCGUCUUCACCAGCGCCAAGAGCACGAAAAAGGGCGGAAAUCCACACCGGCACAGCCACACGUUCCAGCUACCCCUUCCGAGCCUGAAACAGGAAACGAUCUCGCUGAGUGGCACCUGCACAAGGCGUCACGUGUGGGAGCAAGGAGGCGAGCCGCCCAGGCAUUGGCGGUGA